AUGAGCCGUUCACAUUCAAUUUUUGAUGCACAAAACUGGCCACUACCCCCUGUUCGACGUGAAAGUACUGUUUCCUCCUCUACGCACUCCUCCAGCUCCGCCAGUUUUGUCUCGUCGCCUCCCUUUCCACCCCUCAGUCCCGCGACCUCGUCGCCUGGAUCCCGAUCGAGGGAAGCAUCCUGCCAUUCUCUGUAUGACGAAAUCUUUAGACUGUCGUUUAGUCCUGCUGUGACUAUUUCAUUCGUGCGGAAUUAUAAAUUAUUCAGACUCCGAUAUACUUACAUCGAUAUUCGCAAGGAUUCCGGUGGAAGACUAAAGUCGUUGGAGUUGGGAGGCGGCGUUGGGCAGCAGAGUCCCUUCAUCCAUACCUUUUGCUCAACGAGCCUUCCCGUUCCUCAUCUUGAGCAUCCUAAACUACCAAACGAGAUAUCCCUUCGAGUCUCAUUUUUAGAAGAACAGACGGUACAGACGGCUCACACCGUUUUCACGACACAAAUAUCCUAUACUUUUGAAGAUUGGAGCGAUUGCGUUCAGUUCCAGGAAAUAAUACUGGCAUCAAGGCUAGUCUAUAUUGCCGGAAUAGCAGAGGCCAAAUCAAAGGGACGCGGGGAUGAAUGUAUCAGCCAGAAUUUACGGAUCCUCCGCGGUCACAAUGGCAGGCAGGUGGUACUAUUCUUUGCAAACUCUCAACGCAAGGAGCUAAAGCGCUACAUAUCCAUACCUAUCAAUUGUAUCGAAAGUGUUAAGCCCGGGAAAAAGGCCGGGAAACCAGUGCUGCUAGAGUUGUUACCCAAUUUCGACCUUCUCUCCCAAAUGCGAACAUUACAGAUCCAGUUCCUAGAUGACGAAGAUCGAAAGGCAUUCUGCAAAUUUCUGGCAGAGCACAUGAACUGA